AUGCCCAGUGAUGGCUGGGCCCACCGGCUCUCCCAGGCGUCACCUUUCCUGCCCUGCCGGCGGGCUCCGUCCGGCCCCUCUCGGCGAUGGGCUGUGGCCGGAGCAGGCUGCUUUGGGUCUCUCACCACGGGGCUGGUUCUGAAUCUUGGUGGUUCUGAAUUUUUUUCUACCUCACAGAGAUGUAGGACUUUAAAAGGUCUGAGGAUGAAGGCCCCUGGAGCCCAUGGGAGGAAGGGUGGGAUAAACACCAGCUGGAGCUGUGAAAAAAUGAAUGAGACUCAGCUUGCUCAGGCCACCGGGAAGCUCGUGCUCUGUGGCCCUUUCCCCAGAGCCCCGGGCCUCCCUGCAGCCCCAGCCACCUCGAGGCCAACCUGGAAGCUUUCAGAUGUUCGACGUAGAGGUACCAGGCAAACCCGGCUACCCAUGCCCUGA